GAGAGUACUCCCUCUAGCCUUAAGUCUAGAUACAAUUGCUAUUCAAAUAAAUCUAAAAAAAAUAUAAUUUGCUGCUAAGGCUGGAGGAAGUAUAACGUGGAGAAUUGGAACAACAUGAACAAGUUAAAAACUUAAACUUUUACCUAUUUUAAGUUGUGAAUCUUAAAAUCAUCAUUCAACGAUGAACAGCAUAACUUCCUGAAAUGAUGUUGCGCCAAACUACUACUAGUGUCUAGUAGUAUUCACUAAAGUAAACCAUACGAUAAAUCAAUAAUCGAUUAAAUUAAAUAAUCUAGCAAUAAUGAUUUUAAAUUUCUUCAAUCACUUUCAUUCAUAACAACAUCACAUAAUUCGAAAUUUUGAUUCCAAAUCAACAAUCAAUCUCCGAUCUGAUCCAACUUCCAUGGAUCGUCUUCUCAAAAACGCCAGAUCUUCCGGUUCUCUCAACCUCUCCAACCGCUCCCUCAGUGAAAUUCCCGAUGAAGUUUAUCGAAAUCUCGAAGGAAUCGGUGGCACUGAUGAUAAAUGGUGGGAGGCUGUGGAGCUUCAGAAACUCAUUUUGGCUCACAAUAGUAUUGAAUUGUUAAAGGAAGAUAUCAGAAAUUUAUCCUGUCUUGCUGUGUUGAAUCUCAGUCACAAUAGUCUUUCUCAGCUUCCUGCUGCCAUUGGAGAGCUACCUCAGUUGAAGAUGUUGGAUGUUUCACAUAAUUCAAUACUUACAAUACCGGAGGAGAUUGGAUCAGCUGCGUCGCUUGUGAAGUUUGAUUGUUCAAAUAACCAGCUCAAAGAACUUCCUAGCUCACUGGGAAGAUGCUUGGAGUUGUCGGACUUAAAGGGAUCAAACAAUCUUAUUGCAAGCUUGCCAGAAGAUUUAGCAAAUUGUUCCAAAUUGUCUAAGCUAGAUAUGGAGGGAAACAAGCUUACAGUGAUAUCCGAAAAUACCAUUUCAUCAUGGACAGUGCUUACUGAAUUAAAUGCAUCAAAAAAUAUGCUGAACGGCAUACCAGUUGGCAUUGGAGGCCUUUCACGUUUAAUUCGUCUGGAUCUCCAUCAGAACAGAAUCUCCUCAAUCCCUUCAUCGAUCAUUGGUUGUCAUUCACUUGCAGAGUUUUAUUUGGGGAAUAAUAAUAUUUCUAUAAUACCAGUGGAGAUAGGGGAACUUUCUCGGCUCGGGACAUUAGAUCUUCAAUCUAACCAGCUAAAGGAGUAUCCUGUGGAGGCAUGCAAAUUGAGUCUGUUAGUCUUGAAUCUUUCAAAUAAUUCAUUGAGUGGGCUACCCCCUGAAAUGGGCAAGAUGACUACCUUGAGGAAACUUCUGCUUAGUGGAAAUCCAUUGCGGAGUCUUCGAAGCUCAUUAGUCACUGGACCUACACCAGCAUUACUGAGAUUUCUCCGGAGUAGACUUUCUGAAGGUGAAGAUUCGGAAGCUACAUCCACAUCAAAAAAGGACAUAGUUGCAAUGGCUACCCGAUUAUCUAUCACUUCAAAGGAACUAUCUAUGGCAGGGUUGGGGUUGAGUGCUAUUCCAUCCGAAGUAUGGGAAUCAGAGGAAGUCAUAAAACUUGACCUUUCGAGAAACUCAAUCCAGGAGUUGCCAGUUGAACUUUCUUCUUGUGUUUCCCUCCAGACAUUAAUUUUAUCAAAGAAUCAAAUUAAAGACUGGCCAUGUUCAGUUCUUAAAUCACUUUCGAGUCUUUCAUGUUUGAAGCUGGACUACAAUCCCCUCAGACAGAUACCUUCAAAUGGCUUUGAAGUGGUGCCUAAGCUUCAGAUCCUAGAUCUAAGUGGUAAUGCAGCUUCAUUACUAGAUGGUCCUGCAUUUUCUAGUUUGCCAAACUUGCAAGAGCUUUACCUGAGAAAAAUGGGUCUCACUGAAGUCCCGUCAGAUAUAUUAGGGUUGCAUCAACUACGGAUCCUUGCCUUGAGUCAGAAUUCCCUCCAAUCAGUUCCAGAGGGACUAAAAAAUUUCACUUCUCUCGUGGAGCUUGACCUAUCUGAUAACAACAUCUCAUCCCUUCCACCUGAGCUGGGUUUGCUGGAACCAAGCCUUCAAGCGUUGAGACUUGAUGGGAACCCACUUAGAAGCAUUCGGAGGCCUGUCUUGGAUAAAGGAACUAAAGCUGUUCUAAAAUAUUUGAAGGACAAAUUGCCAGAGCAGUAGUUUACUUUUUAUAUAUUUCCAAAAAGUAUAUAUUGGUCAUUGGACAUGAACUAAAGUUGUAUUUUAAUUUGAUUUUUUAUGCUUGAAGCUUUUGUAUUUUUUGGUGCCUAAAUAUGCACGACUUAUAUCAAUCGUUAGUUGGUUCAGUUGUAAUUGGUGCUGAACUUGGUAGGGAGGAUCACGGUUCGAUUCCCCGCAACUGCGAUUGGGAGGGGGGCUGGAACUAUUUGAUGUCAAAACUGACCUCCGAAUCAGAUUAAACUGGUGGUGAAAACAAAAAAAGAAUGCAUGACUUGUUUGUGUAUAUAUACGAUUGGUUGAGUUUCUGUGCAUGGAUGAUCAAGAGGUGGAAGGAUUGGUUAGGGGGGGUUGUGAUUGUAACACGCACAUAUUUAUAUAUUGAAUUUAAGUAGUAACUCAUAACUAUCGUUCUAUAA